GCCACACAUCGAUUUUAUAUCGCAUUUGAGAAUAGCAACUGCAAUGACUACAUUACGGAGAAAUAUUUCAGUCGAAUCUCCAAAUUACUGGUACCUGUUGUGAUGAAAAGACGAAUAUACGAAGGCGCAGGCCUUCCUAAGGAUUCCUUCAUAGCCGUAGAUGACUUCCAUUCUCUUGAGGACUUGGGAAAUUAUUUGAACUUUUUGCGUAAAAACGACACAGAAUAUCUUAGGUAUUUCGAAUGGACAAAGCACUUUCGAAAGCCUGACACCUAUGUGAGCAAUGCGCUCUGCAAGCUUUGCGAAGAUAUCUACAAAGCAAAAAAGCUGAGGGUAAACAACAUUAAGGAGUAUUAUGAAAAAAAUCAGUGCUUUUAG